CUCCGCGAGAUGUCCCCGUGGCAUCUUUUAUCAGCGAGACGAAACGCGACCAUCUUGUAUCUCGGUCGUUCAUCGAUUCCGCGUAGAUCCACGGAAUUUCUCGUAUACAUCAUCUGUAUCUAUGACAAUUUAAAAACAUGGCUACCAUAUGAAAACGAAUUGGUUCGCACGCUGUAAACAAGUUUUCCAUCUCUAAUUCGUCAUGAGAGCUCCGUUUUGCGUUGCCGACCGUGCGAAUCGCCGAACGACGGAAACGUGCCCCGUGCCGUGAGGCCGGAUCGACGGUCCGCCGAAAGCGCCAAAACAACUUUCGGGAGUGAAAGCCCCCCCACGCGAACUGACAGUAGGCGCAGAUUCUAUCGUUUUCCACGGGCGACUGAUAUCUGUUGCCUUCGCUCCGUUAUCUGGAGAUACGUAUUCAUCUCGCUACGAAACCGGCGUACGUUGCGAAUUCUUGUGAAGACUCCUCCAAAAAUGCAAUCGAGGAAGCUGUGAGAAGUGGAACGUGAGAAUUUUGCGUACAGUCUUUAUCGCUCGUGGGAGUAGAUUCUGUAAUAAAUGGAUACUGCAGGCUUUGAUUCUAUUAUGCGCCAUCCGAGAACCAUCGUCCACCUGGAUGUCGAUUGCUUCUAUGCUCAGGUGGAGAUGGUCAAGCAUCCCGAGUUGGAGGGGAAGCCACUGGGCGUGCAGCAAAAGAGCAUAGUGGUCACCAGUAACUACCUGGCGAGGGGAUAUGGAAUAAAAAAGUGUAUGCCGGUGCAAGAGGCUCUGCGCCUGUGCCCGGAGCUGGCCCUGGUUAACGGAGAAGACCUGACGAGCUACCGUCACUACUCGACCAAGAUAUCUGAGAUUCUGCAGCAGUUUACGCCACUGGUGGAGAGACUGGGCUUCGACGACAACUUUCUCGACGUGACGUCGCUAGUGGAGAGGCAGCUCAGGUCCCACCAGAACGAAGGGGAACUCGACAUGAGCACCUCGAGCGUGGAGUUUGAAAGUUUGAAAGAAAUCAGCAAGGUGUUCGGCCCUGCGGACGAGGAAUGUCCGUGCGGCUGUCACGCGCGCUUGAUGAUCGGCUCGAAAAUAGCAGCGGAGAUAAGGAGCCGCAUCUACGAGGAGCUGCAUCUCACCUGCAGCGCUGGAAUAGCGCACAACAAGCUUCUCGCCAAACUAGCGGGAUCGUUGAACAAGCCGAAUCAGCAGACGCUGAUCUUCCCGUGCAGCGGUCCCAUGUUGCUCUCCACGAUAGGCUCCGUGUCGAAGAUACCUGGCGUCGGACAAAAGACCAUGGAAUUAUUGUUGUCGAACAAUAUAAGAACAGUUGACGAUCUGCGCAGAAUACCUUUGGAGAAUCUGGAGCUAAAGAUUGGCGUCGACCUAGCGAGAAGGUUGAAGGACAACGCGGAGGGAAUCGACGAGACAGUGGUGAAGCCGUCUGGGAAGAAACAGUCCAUAGGUCUGGAGGAUGGGUUCAAGAGUGUGUCGCUGGUGGCCGAGGUGGAGUCGCGAUUAGGCGCGUUAUUGAGAAGAUUGAUGGAGGUGGUGAGGGAGGACGGCAGGAUUCCCAUUGCUAUGAGAAUAACGGUGAGGAAGCACGACUUGAACAAGCCCACCUCGGGUAAGAGGGAGACGAGGCAGUGCGCGCUGCCGAAGCACCUCUUACCGUCCACGAGGAACGGCGUGUACGAUCACAGCAAGAUGUUGACGCUCGCCAUGAAGCUGUUCCAUCGAAUAGUCGACGUCUCCAAGCCGUUCCACUUGACGCUUCUGGGAGUCGCGUUCACCAAGUACGAGGAGAGAUCGUACGGUAGGAGCAGCAUCGCACCCUUCUUGUGCAAACAAGUCGCCGUCCAUUCCAUUCUAGAUAUCAGCUCCGAGGAAGGUAUCUGCGAAGCGAAUCAAGGCUCGCCGAUGAGUAUUAGUCAGGACAGCAACGACAGCUCGGAUCAAUCGGCGAUGGGUCUGGGCACCCCUACGUCGAGUCUUUCGUGCUCGCCAAUCUCCAAGUUGUACGUAGCAGGUCAGAACGCCGAGGACGAUUUGCAGAACGAGGUAGAACCACUACCGAAGAAAACCAAGCUGGAGGUGUGGCUGAGAGGCCCUCGAGAGUCGCCGAGCAACGAGAUGGCCGGUCUGAGACUAAGCUCCUCGUCACCGAUGCAGUUGUCACCUACGGUGGACACUACAGUGUUCAAGACUCUGUCCAUUGAGAGGAGAGAGGUCACUCGUUCCUGGCCCACGACCAGCAAACCGAAACCAAACAAUAUACUUAAAUACUUCAUAGCCAAUAAGUGACGGAGCUCUGUGACCUAGUAUUGAAUGUCGCGUUUACACAUGCACUUGAAUCGACAACAUUAAAUGGCAGCACCGUACGAUAUUAUGCAGGACAUGACUUUUAACUUCUUCACAUUUUUGAUGCCAAAUUCUAGGGUACAAAAGCAAGUAUAUGGCAAAUUAUCCAGACUAUUUAUCCGGAAUUAUAUCAAAUUGUAAAAAAAAAAUUUGCAGCUUCUACAUGUACCUACUAGAUGUGCAUUCUAAAGCUUUGUUUCAUUAAAAGCAGAGGAGAUACAGUAUUAAUAAAUGUUAAUUUUGAAUCUGGACAUCCCGUGCAAGGUGGACACUCGCAACACUUUCUUUCGCACUGUCACGAUUUGGGAAACUGUCUGAAUAAUCAAUGCUUACGUCACAUUGCUUUACUGUGCUCCAAAUUGAUGCACGGACGUUUCGACGCGCUAUCAAAGAUGGUCCUGCAUAAAUUUCUCUUUCGUGCCUUUAUUACAUGCGUUUUAAUUUUUCAAGCAAGGUGCAUUUUUACGACGGAAGAUAUAUAUACAUAUAUAAACACACAUACAUAUAUGUAUAUAUAUCUACGUCUGCGUAUGUGUGCGUGUGUGUCGUAUGCGUGUGGGUGCGUAUGCAUGUAUAUCUGUGUUCAAUUGCAUUUAAUAUAUUGACCUAGUUUUAUAUAACGUAAUAUGACAAGAGAUCAUAGCUUCACAUCGGUCCAUUAUAGUCCAUGUUAUUUUUACUUUCGACAGCAGCAAUAAAAAGAAAUUAUACAACGAUAUUUUCAGUUACAAUUCUUCUUUCAAUAUUACUUUGUCAAUGGUAUGCUUCUAAAAAUCAGUUAGAAGUAUAUAAUAAUUUAGUUUUCUAUUGUAAUUGAUAAGCGAAAAACUUUUAGAAAGACAAUUGCCUUGAAGAUUUUAGUUGUGCGAUUACAAUGUUUGUCAUUGAUGCUGUCGCCCUUACUAUAAUGCAAUAUGAACUGUAUUCAUUUAUUGUAAUGUAUGUGAGUUUUAUAUGGACACAAUACAUGCAUUGAAACCAAUCUGUUUUUAAUUGAACAAAAUUAAGAGGAAAGAAUACACUUAGUUUGUUUACACGAUAAAUUCACACACAGUUAUAAAAGAAGCAUAUUAAGCAAGUUAGAAGCGUAUUAAACAUGUAUACGCCUAUACGUAAGUGAGACAAGGUGCUGACAUUCGAUGUUGUAAUCCUUGACGGAUGAAUAAUUGUAUAAUUUAAUGUCUUGAGGAGAAAAUUAUAUUUUUAGUACUGUUAAAUCAAGGAUCGAAAACGGUAUAAUUUCGCUGAAUUUCAUUUUCCAUGCAACAGACACGCGCGUGGGGAUCUCACGUCGGUUAUCGCACUUUUAUUGUUAUAAAUAAAAGGUGGAGACGCUCGGGUGCGUGUCCGUAGCAUCGAAACCUGAAUUCGCAGUCGGUGAAAUAUUGCUUUCGAUCUCUCUGUGUAUACACAUCGGGCGGCGAAUAUUGCGCGAAAGAAAUACUCUGUUAUUCCCGCCAGGAGACUAGCCGCUGGCGUGGAGAUUCUCUUAUUGAGAAGCUAUAGCAUAUAAAUAUGUAUGUAACUAUUCGAAAGACAGAUAUACUAGACAAUCAUAAAGUUUUAAUGCCACUUCUCAGUAUGGCACAUGGUGAUUAUUAUAUAAAUAUAUAUACGCACAUACACGUGCACGCGCGCAUACACGGCGCGUUAAAUGUAUAUUAAUAUAUGUUGGAUAUAUAUACGGAUAUUUCGUGAUAUAUAUAUGUAUAUAUGCAUACACAUAUAUGUCCCGAAAACGCACCAUCCAUUGCUGACCGUACGACACGGGACAAGAGUUACGGAUUUUACUUUUUACAGAUACUUAAAGGACGCUUGUCGCAUACGGACAAGAGAGUCCACAGGUGAUAAAUUGAAACAAUGUAGCUUUUGUAUUUGCGAAACACAGAAUAUUGAUUAAGAUUGCUUACGUUAUUUAAGAGAGAAGUGAGAAAUGGAGAAUGGGGGGGGGGAAAGAAGCGAUAUAGCGCGCCCAGCCCGCGAUAAAGGCUCUCUGCCGAGCUUUUCUACUUUUAUUUAUUUUUAUCGUUACAACAUAAGCGAGAAAACGGUGUCGUCUUUAUUUUUAUUUUAUCUCUGGUUGUGAGUACCUAUAUUUGCAUAUUUUAUACGGACUUUGUUUAAACGGGAAUACGCGGCGUUGCGAAACGACUGCGCGCGCGGGGUCAACGUCGGGGUCGGGAUCAAACGCAGAACUUCGCGCCUGGAAUAACAAUACGUCGGAUAUCGGCGCGAGAGUGUUUCAGUUACGCGCGACGUAGGCGUCUUCGACAACGCAAUGCCGCAGCUCGCAUUACUUCCGAUUUACUUUAAUAAAAGAAAAAAAAAUCUGAAAUACAA